CCAAACACAACACCACCCCUCACUAGAACCAUCCAUGGCCACCACCUCGACCCUCUCCGCUCUGUUCCUUCCCCUGUUGCUGCUCCACCUUUCCACCGCCGCACACUCCAUCGGCGUCAACUACGGCACCCUCGGUGACAACCUUCCGGCGCCGGCGGCGGUGGCGAACUUCCUUAAGACGCGAACGAUCAUCGACCGCGUGAAGAUCUUUGACUUGAACCCACAAAUCCUUCAAGCCUUCGCCAACAGCGGCAUCUCGGUGACCGUCACCGCCCCUAACGGUGACAUCGCCGCCCUCGCGAAAAUCGACACAGCUCGCCAAUGGGUGGUCGCCAACAUUAAACCCUUCCACCCUCAAACCAAAAUCAACUACAUCCUCGUCGGAAGCGAGGUCCUCCAUUGGGGCGAUGCCAUCAUGAUCCGUAACCUCGUCCCCGCCAUGAGAACCCUUCACUCUGCUCUUCUCGCCGAGGGUAUCACCGAUGUUAAGGUGACGACUGCACAUUCAUUGGCGAUAAUGAGGUCAUCGUUGCCACCGAGUGCGGGAAGCUUCAGGCCAGGGUAUGCGAAGCACGUGUUGGGGCCAAUGCUGAAGUUUCUGAAGGAAACGAAGACACCCUUUAUGGUGAACCCGUAUCCGUAUUUCGGGUACAACCCGAAGAACGUGAACUUUGCACUGUUCAGACCAAACCGGGGUUUGUUUGACAGGAACACAAAACUAACAUACAAUAACCAGUUCGAUGCAUUGAUGGACGCAGUGCACUCGGCCAUGAAGGCCAUAGGGUAUGGUGACGUGGACAUUGCGGUGGGGGAGACAGGGUGGCCCUCCGUUUGCGACGGUUGGGAUGCGUGUAGCAUCGCUAACGCUCAGUCUUAUAACGGCCAGCUCGUUAAGCACUUGGAAACCGGAAAGGGAACGCCGUUAAUGCCGAACCGCCGGUUCGAGACUUACAUUUUCGCACUUUUCAAUGAGAACCAAAAACCCGGUCCACUCGCUGAGCGUAAUUGGGGCCUCUUCCAACCCGAUUUUACACCCGUUUAUAACUCUGGAAUAUUGCGCAAUGACCAGAGAGCAGGAACACCGGCAAGCCCAGUAGCAGGAGGGCAAAGUUGGUGUGUGCCCAAAGCAGAUGCUAGCAACGAUGCUCUACAAGCCAACAUAAACUAUGUGUGCAGCCAAGGUGUUGAUUGCAGGCCAAUUCAACCAGGAGGAGUUUGCUUUGCUGCCAACAACGUUAGAGCCCUUGCCACUUAUGCCAUGAAUGCUUACUACCAGGCCAAUGGUCGCCAUGAUUUCAAUUGUGACUUCUCUCACACUGGUGUCAUUACCUCUACUAAUCCAAGCCAUGAUAAUUGUAGAAUCUGAGCAUGUUGCUUCAAAGUCAUAAUCAGAGGAAAGAUAAGAAGAUAGAGAGAAAGCCCAUUGUCGUGGUGUCAAUGUGGUCCUUGUGGUAGUAGCAGCUUUGUGAUUAUGAUUUCAUGUAUUCUCAUUUAUUUAGUUUGUAUAUUGUUCUGCCAAAAAAAAAAAUGUUAAGCCGGCAUGGCAUUUCAUGCACUAAAUAUUAUGGUCGAUCCACGGCUGCAUGAUAAAUAGGAACAUUACGUUAAUAUUAUAACAUCAGUUGUGGC